ACSAUUCCAAAGAAURGAAUCUUUGUCGAAUACAUACCSGUAGUACGUAMCRGUAGUACUCAAAUAAUGAAAAGGAUUUUGCAACUCGAUCUUUCGAAGAGACUGMGKAYUCGAACUAGUACGAGUACCGUUGAACGCUAGMUCAAAAAUGUAUCGGGAUCUCGAAAAGAAUCAAAACAACAACAACAAAACUAAGCACGGGUUCGUCUCGUAUCGCACACUCAUAAWAUACAAAACUUCAUURAAGUGRAARAAAAAAUUAAAAAUGGGUAACGCUGCAGGAAAAGCAAUCGACGAAGCGGUAUUAGUCGAGGGAACCCUCAACAAAGACGAAGGAAGGUUYAUCAGCAAGCCCUUUGUUUCCAACGAAGGCGGAAUUACGAAGAUAAAAAAUAAGGGCAAAACAUGGGUGACUACGGACGGCGAAUCAUUAUUGUGGACGUCCAAGUCUUCCGGAGUGUUCAAAUGCCAUUCUGUCAUCACAGAUGCCGGCGGAAGUCAGGUGGCGAUUAUCGUCACKGAGAAAAAGGCAAUGACUAGUUCAACAAACUGGAUUUUGAAAACCGAGCCAUCUUUCGACGGCCAAGAUCCUGUAUCCGAAGAGGACCUACAAAAGGCAGGAAUCGCGAAGAAAGACGAACCUUCCGGUAUUCUCUUGUAUAAAUUUUCCAAGAUUGAAGUGAACCGCAAGCUUACGACCGGAGUAUGCACGUACGGGAUCGUCAAGGGUCAAGAAGAUUUCCUGCCCCUUUAUGUUGGCGAGAGACUUUCUUCCAUGGGCUUCAAAGCGCUCUUCAAGGAAGUUUCAAGCACCAACGAAGAUGGAAUCCUGGUAGCAAAAGCCUACAUGCCGGGUAUGUCGAUGAGUCCCCACGUCGAAGUGGCAGCUGGCGUCGACAUGCUGGCGAUUGUCUCAAUUGGUUACGCACUUGCUGGUGACGAUAGCAGCGCGGGUGCCUUGGCUGGCGCCGGAGUUGUCUAAGCAACAGUACUACCUGUACAAAAGUAUUUGUUGAUGUGUUUCUUGUAUUUUUUAUUCUGAACGAACUGCUCAUGUCAUUUGUACAAUCCUCUAGCAAAGUGUCAAAUAUCGAAACCUGUCACUAUUGACCGAAGUACGGUAGAAUUAAAGAUCAAAUGAAUCUAAUUUUCGUCG